UCGGAUAAAAUUUCAAAAAUUGUCUUAUUUAUGUUUAUUAUUCUUAAUUUCCAAAGACGAUAACAAAUUUAUUUUGAUGAAAAUUCAAUUCAUAAAAAUAGUCAGACUUGAUAUUUCUUGAAUAACUAGAUACCUUCAAAAUGCACACAGCUAUAGUUACUUGUUUUGCGGAAGAAAAACUUUUAGCACCGCUCUAAAUAGAUAAACUAAUUUAAAAUUAGAUUUAUAACAGAGUAUUACUUUUAAUCUAACCAUGCAAAACCAACAGGCUAACUGAAGGGGAAAACUAAUUCCAGUAUGGAGAGAGUAAUAUCGCCUAUCAACUGUAUCGAGCAUCCAAAAUUGCUCUUGAGUUAUUAUUGUUCUAGUCACGAUACAGUAUUCUGUGAUAAUUGCAAAACUGAAAUACAUGGAUCUUGUGCUGAAGUCCACACUGUUAAAAAUGCAUCCAAGUCAAUCAGUGAUGGUGACAUUGUAAAAGCCCUUGUAUCCCGUAUAACGGAAGCAAAGGAAUCACUAUCAGGUACAACCGACAAACUUGAAGACAACAUAGCUACUUUAAGCCGACAAUAUGACAGAAUUAAGCAAAAUAUUUUCACUGCACGGCAAUCUAUCAAUGAGUAUUUUGAUUCUCUGGAGGCAGAAUUGACCAAUGUUGUGCAUGAACGCUGCAUUAAGGGCGUAGAAGAGAAAAUAGUAGAACUGGAGAGAAGGAAUUAUACUUUAGACCAAUGGGAAGACGAUCUACAGUUAGCCAUGCGCAAUGAUGAUGAAGAAAUGCUGUUUACAGUAGUAAAGAUCUUAAGUAAAUUACAUAAUGAUAUGGACUCAUAUUUAAAUGACAUUUUUAAAGAAAUAAAAAUAAAGCAUGUUAGAUGGACCCCAAUUAGAACAGACAAGGCGUCAAUAGUAUCCUUUGUUGGCAAAGUGUCUUUGAGCGAAAUGUCAUCCACAAUACAGAGACCAAGCUCUGGUAAAUUUACGAAAGCCUUGACUCGCGAAUCAAGUCGGGUUUCUCCAAGGAGCAUUGGAGCCGUUAAUAUCACACAGGAAAGUAAAACAGAGCAAGGUCUAGAGAAGGUGUCAAUAAAAACUAAACAGGGAUGGGAUGAGAUUUCUAGUAAAGUUAAGGACGAGGAAGUAGAAAUCACCGGUGUUAAUGCGGGCUUAAAUCGGGCAAGUACAAAAAACGACAUGAAAUCAACUGAAACGUCCACGGUUAUUGAUUUAGAAGAUGGAAGUUUGAAAGGCACCAACGUGUCUAAUGACACAAAUAACCGAACGGAAAUAAAAGUAGAUGAGAAAAUUUGCCAAGAAAACGAUAGUGAGCAAAACCAACACAUUGGGAAUUCACUUAACCAAGAGAAAGGCGAUACUGUUCCUGAUGGUGGCAGAAAAAUGACAAGUACGAGAGGGUCUAGUCGAUGUAAACCUGAGCCAACCAUUUAUAGUGCAAAGUCUAAAUUUGAAGCAACUAACUUAGGGCGGAAAAGUAGCACAGAGAUGCAGAGAGGAUUAUUUUUGAGAAAUGAUGGUAUGCUAUUCAUGGACAAGACUAACAAACACAUUUUUAUAUGCAACAAAGAAGGGCAGAUGCUGCAUAAAAUUAGCCUCAAUUAUGAACCCCUGGAUGUUACAAUGUUGGAUGAGGGUCGUGCAGUGGCAACUAUAGGAGACAAUGGAAUUCAAAUAGUCAACAUACACAGCCUACGAAAAGAAAAAGCUCACGAUGUCGGGGGAUUCUGUGGAGGGAUCACAUCAUAUAAAGGACAAAUAAUUGUAAGUGUAGAUAAGAAGUUGCGUUUACUCGACGCUUUGGGGUAUACACUGCGUCGUUUACAACAUGAUGGGAGCGCCUCAUUUGUCUGCUCAGAUAAUGCGGGUAAGAUAUAUUAUACCGACUCAAUGGAUCAUGCCGUUCAUUGCAUAGCAUGGUUUGGAAUCCCAGUGUUUACCUACAGCAACAAGGGCUUAAAGUGUCCAAUGGGAAUCGUUGUUGAUUCUGAUUGGUUCGUCUACGUGGCUGGGUUUGAAUCGUGUAAUGUGCAAAAGCUGUGGCCAAAUGGAAGAUAUCAUUCUGACUUUUUGACUGAAAAGGAUGAAUUGCAUGAACCAUCAUCUCUUGCAUACAACGAGAAUGAACAUGAAAUUUUAGUUAUAAGUGACAAUAACCAAACUGUGGAAUUGUAUGAUCUGAAUGAUGGCAUUCGACAUCAACAGUAGGAGUUUUCCUCAUGAAAGGAUUUGUAUAAUUUUCAAACUUCUUUGGUCUCUUGAACUUUAACAAAAAUGGCAACUCUCAUUCUAUGUGAAGAUAUUAAUGUUGUUUUGUUUCCAGUAUAUUAAAAAGGGAAAAUGUGUACAUUAGCACAGACAUAAAUAUAUAACCAUGAUAAAUGUCCCUCGUAUAUAUAUAUUUUUAAUCAAUCUGCAUACAGUAUAAUAGUAACUGGAAUUCUUGAAUAAAUAUAAAAAUAGUCA